AUGGAUCUUGCACAGGCAAAGACUAUUCUUGAUGCACAUGACCCCAGGGUUGUUCGUGUGUUCCAGGAGAGCGUACCGGAGCUUGGCUUGCGGCGGCUCGACGCAUGCGUUCUGGAGUACCUUUUGAGGAUGCUUGAGGGGCAGAUGAACCCAGCAUCAUACCUCCCGGAAAAGACGAUUGAGCAGACGCUCAGACUUUAUUUGAAUGAAUUCCAAGUUUGCCCGGAUGAAAAUGCUGUGGAUUCGGCUGUGGUUUCCAUAUGCAACGCCAUGGAGACGAGCGGGCUGGUGCAAAAACCCAAGGAGGAUUCGAGUCGUCUUGUUAAUGCGGUCAGCAUCGGUAGGCAAUACGAGGAGAACCUGAAAAAGGCGACGAUGAUACGGACUGUGGGUAGGGCGGCUGUAGUUAACACAAAUGCGGACUGGACUUGGGAGACAAAACGCAAUGCAGCAAAGGAGACCCGCAAAAAGCGGAAAGAGGAAGAAAAGAAGUCCAUGCUGGCAGAGGAAUAUGAGGAGUUCCUCCAAAAACGUGGUAUUGCCAGUGCAACCGCCAUAGUUAAAAUCCAUCACAAGAGUGACGGGGUACAGUACACUACGGAUAUACGGUGCGAGAAUAUCCGUAUCCACAUGGGCAAGCAGGUGCUUUUGGAUAACACGGAGCUCACUAUACUUUCAGGUCACAAGUAUGGGCUCGUUGGGCGCAAUGGAACGGGCAAAACAACACUGUUACGUGCGUUGACGGAGCGGGAGAUAGAAGGCGUGAGUCCGUUUGUUCAGAUUCUUCAUGUAGAACAAGAGGUGGUGGCAGGAGGGGAAACUCCACUCGAAGUUAUACUGUCAGCCGACGUGGAGCGCGAGCAAUUACUGCGUGAGGAACAGGAACUGCUCAAGCGCAGCGACGACGAAGCCAACAACCGGUUGAAGGACGUUUAUGAGCGGUUGUAUGCUAUCGAAGCGCAUAGUGCGGAAGCACGCGCGUCAGCUAUUCUUAGUGGUUUAAGUUUUACACGCGAAAUGAUGACCAGUCCAACGAAGAACCUUUCUGGUGGUUGGCGUAUGCGUGUGGCAUUGGCACGUGCACUGUUUGUGGAACCGGACGUUCUGCUGCUGGAUGAGCCUACAAACCACCUUGAUCUCUUUGCCGUUCUAUGGCUUGAGCAGUUCUUGAGGGAUUGGAAGCACACACUUGUGGUGGUUUCCCAUUCUCGAUCCUUCUUAAACAAUGUGUGUGGCGAGAUCAUCCAUCUUGAUGACAAAAAGUUGCACUACUACACAGGCAAUUACGAUCAGUUUGAGAUUACGCGUGUAGAGCAGUUGCGGCAGCAGCAGAAACACCACGACGCACAAGAGCGGCAGCGUGCUCACAUGCAAAAAUUCAUCGAUCGCUUUCGUUACAACGCUAAGAAGGCCAAGAUGGCCCAAUCGCGUAUCAAAACACUUGAACGCAUGGAAGUUGUGGCUGCCGUGAAAUACGACCCGCAGUUUUCUUUUAAGUUUCCAGAUCCAGAGCCCAUUUCUGGGUCAUAUUUACAGUUGGUUGAUUGCGAAUUCGGUUACAAACCGGGGACAACGCUAUUUCGCGACGUUAACAUGGGUAUCGACGAAAACUCUCGGAUUGGUCUUCUGGGUGCGAAUGGUGCAGGUAAGUCAACUUUCAUGAACAUUUGUUGUGGAAAAUUGGAACCGCGCCAGGGCCAUGUGGUGCGCAACCAAAAAAUUCGUGUUGCUCAUUUUGCACAACACCAUCUUGAGGCGCUCACACCCCAGCUUUCUUCUGUUGAGUUCAUGCGCUCAAAGUUUCCGCAAGUGGAAGAUCAACAGUUACGUGCCCAUUUGGGCUCUCUUGGCCUUUCGGGUGAUAAGGCACUUCAACCCAUAUACACACUUUCUGGUGGGCAGAAAUCACGUGCCGUACUUGCUUGGAUUACCUUCACGCGACCUCAUCUAUUGUUACUGGAUGAGCCGACGAACCACCUCGAUAUUGACACCCUUGACGCCCUCAUCGAGUCGCUUCUUGAUUACAAAGGUGGGUUGGUGGUGAUAUCGCACGAUGAACACUUUAUUACAUCGGUGUGCGAUGAGAUGUUUGUGUGUGGUAACGAGACAAUAAAGAGAUUUGAUGGAGACUUCUCAGAGUAUCGGGAUAUUGUUAUGAAGCAGAUGCGCUGA